ACAUUUGUUGUUAUAGGGUGUUGCAGAACGAGACCAUUUUUUGAUUCUUGAGCGCUAUCGAGGUAGCUGUAUAGCAUCCAACUACAUACACAUCAACACAGCUACAUUAUAUGUUUGUCUUGAAAAUUACAGAUACAGUAGAUAGGUAGUUGCCUGCGAAAUGUAGCAAUUUUGUUCAUAAUAAGAUUAAAAAUCACAAAAACGUCGUUGGAAAGCAAACUCGCAUGAUAUCCUGUUGGCAAGUUCUCAUGUCUCAUGUUAUGAUAACCGAAAAAGAAGUCUUAAGAGAUAGCUGCUGUAAAACGUGUGUGCUAGCCUGUUAAGCUAGCAAGCGAACGUGUAUGAACAACUAUUAUUAACUUAUUAUAGGUAGAUUUACAUCUACUACAGUGUAUGACAGUAAUUGUCAGUGAGAGCGGUAGCUGUACACAGAUAUACACCACAAGUUUAAGCAGGUUAUCUGUCCUGUAAAAAAGAGGUCAUGAAAAUGACCAGUAGAAUUGAGUGCAUAUUUUUCAGUGAGUUUCAUCCUACUCUGGGUCCAAAGAUUACCUAUCAGGUUCCAGAGGAUUACAUCUCACGUGAGCUCUUUGACACAGUGCAAGUGUACAUCAUUACCAAACCAGAACUUCAAAACAAACUCAUCACUGUAACGGCCAUGGAGAAGAAGUUGAUUGGUUGCCCGGUGUGCAUCGAGCAUAAAAAGUAUAGCCGCAAUGCUCUUCUCUUCAACCUAGGGCUAGUGUGCGAUGCACAAACCAAGACGUGUGCCCUUGAACCAAUUGUCAAGAAGCUGUCUGCUUAUCUUACAACUCUGGAGCUGGAAAGUGGAUUUAUAUCCAAUGAGGAGAGCAAACAAAAACUUCAACCCAUAAUGUCAACCUUGUUGGAAGAACUCAAUGCCACAGGAGCCUGCACUUUGCCAAUUGACGAGUCGAACACCAUCCACCUGAAGCUGAUCGAGCAACGCAGGGACCCUCUGAUUGUGCAGGAGUAUGACGUGCCGGUCUUCACCCAGUGCAAAGACUACUUCAUCAAAUCCCAGUGGGAUCUCACCACUCAACAGAUUCUGGCCUAUAUUGAUGGCUUCAGGCAUAUCCAGAAAAUCUCAGCCGAGGCAGAUGUCGAGCUUAAUCUUGUCCGCAUCGCUGUGCAGAACCUGUUGUAUUAUGGUGUUGUGACUCUGGUGUCCAUCUUCCAGUAUUCCAAUGUGUACUGCACAACACCUAAGGUCCAAAGCCUCAUUGACGACAAGACCCUUCAAGAGGAGUGUCUGUCCUAUGUGACAAAGCAAGGUCAGAAGAGGGCCUGUUUGAGGGAUGUGUUCCAGCUGUACUGUGGCCUCACCCCGGGGACCACAGUACGGGAUCUGUGUUCCCGUUACUCCCAGCAGCUGCAGAAAGUCGAUGAGAGGAGGCUGAUUCAGUUUGGGCUGAUGAAGGCGCUCAUCCGCCGGCUACAGAAGUACCCAGUGAAGGUGAUCCGUGACGAGAGGAGCCGUCCACCUCGUCUGUACACUGGCUGCCACAGUUACGACGAAAUCUGCUGCAAAACUGGGAUGAGCUAUAGAGAGCUGGAUGAGCGUCUGGAGAAUGACCCUAACAUCAUUGUUUGCUGGAAGUGAUACACAAAGUGGAACAAGCUUCUUUGUUGUCGUUACGUGUGAUAUAUGUAAAUAUACGAUUGAAAAACAUGUAUUUAAAACAUACACAUCCCAACCGUGAUGACAAACGUUUCUUUGUCAAAUGUGUAUACAUUUAAAAAAAAUAAAAGUGAAUUGUGACAUUCA